AUGAGUGAGCAGGAUAAGAGCCAGAAACGAAAACCUUCCAUCGAUGAAGAUGAAACAAAAGCAAAAACAACUAAAUGUGACCAUAUGAAAUAUGGACUUACAGAGGAUGAGUAUGAACAUCUCCAAAAUCUUGCCAUCAUUGGCAUCUUCGAGGGAGAGGAUAAGUCUGUUUUUAACAAUGGGUACCCAAAACCCGACUCAACAGACAUCAAGAUGUUGUUGAAGGCUGUUUACAAUGGUCUGGAAGAAUUCUCGCUGAAGCAACUUGGCAGCAACUUUGUGGAGUUCACGGAAUCAGGGUUGACUUUGACCUUUGAUGCGGGAAAUAACUUGGACGACCCUGAUGGGAAUGUUCUUUGGGAAAAAUAUUCGCUUUCUGGUAAUCGAUUCGAUGGCAAACCGGUGAAAUUUGAAGGGUGUCUCCGAAUUAUGAGCUCACGACGAGGAAGACUUUUCUAUGAAUGCGAAUGGGAGCAGAGCGAAAAAAGAUGCUCGAGAAGAGUUCACAGCUAA